AUGGCAGGAGGAAGUGGGAGCAAUAAUGAAGGAAAUGAGUUGAGUGAAGUUGUAAGGCAGCUGGCAGUGGUCGCUCAACAAUUGGCAAGAAACUCGACUAACAAUGGGGAUGCUCAGGGGGAACUGUUUAAGAAGGUGGCGCAAAGCAAGCCACUAACCUAUCAAGGCAAACCUGAUCCAACAAUACUGGAAAACUGGUUAAGGGAAUUUGAGAAACUGUUUGGGGAAGUAGGAUUCCCAAAUUUGAAAGUGGGUUGUGCUACCUAUUACCUUAGAGGUGAAGCUAACCUUUGGUGGAAACAAAAUGAGGCUACCACUAAAGCACUACAUGGGUUCAAUUGGACUAUGUUUCAAGAGAACGUUUUCCAAGAGUCUGUUGCUACAGAAAAGGCAAAAUCUAGGAAGUUUGAGAGUGGAUUGACCACUGAUUUGCAGCUAAGGCUGUGUGGACAAGUGUUCAAAACCUUAGAUGAAGUUUAUGGGAGGUCUGCACACCUUUAUGCGUUGGAGUUGAAGAAAAAGAAAGAAUUAGCUGAAGUAGAAGGGAAGGAAAAGAGGAAAGAUAUGGGACAAAACGCUGGGAACCCGCAAGGUGGACGAAACUUCAAUGGAGGGCCUAAGAACUCUAACCAGGGAAAUAAUAAGGAUGAAAGGCGUUAUUUCUGUAAGAGGUGCAGAAAUAAUCACCCUGGUAAGGAUUGUGAGGGUAACUUGGUUACUUGUCGCGCUUGCAACAAGUUGGGACAUAGGGAGUAUGAGUGCUUCUCCAAAAAUUCUAACCGAAACAAGCAGAGCAAUAAUCAAGGAGGGGCUCAAAGGAACUUUCAGGGAAACAAAAACUAUGCAGGGAACAAAGGGGCACAACAAAAUGGGGUGAAAGGCAACAAUAAUGGGAAUAAUCAGGUGAAGAGUAGAGCUCCAAGAAAGCUGAAUCGCAAAUUUUUCUUUCAUUUCAAAAGCCAUUAUUUCAAAGCUAUCGACUGUUUGAAAACCGUAGAUGUCAUAGAUGUACCUAUAGUUAUUCCUACGGGAGGGGUAGUACAGUGUACCAAAACUUUAAAGGAUGUGCCAUUAAAGAUCAAAGGAAAAGUAUUUUUGUCUGACCUCAUUGAAUUUGGGUUGAGUGACUUUGAUAUCAUCUUGGGAAUGGAUUGGUUGAGCAAGUACAGUGCGGAGAUUCGUUGUCGAUUGCAAAAAGUACAGUUAAGUACAGUUGAGGGUGAGUUGGUAACACAUUGGAAGCAUGGUGAAAAAAAGUGUCCAAGGAUCAUAUCUAUGAUAAAGUUGGCUAAGUACAUUAAGAAGGGACAUCCAGUAUAUUUUUGUAGUAUAAGGAACUUGAACCACGAAGAGACAACUAAGCCUGAGAACAUAGAAUCGGUGAAUGAGUUUCUAGAUGUGUUCCUAGAAGAGAUUCCAGGGAUGCCACCUAAGUGGGAAAUGGAUUUCACAAUAGAGUUGGUCCUAGGGAAAACACCUAUUUCCAAGGAACCAUAUCGAAUGGAACCUGCAGAAAUGAGUGAGUAA